AUGGCCCCCCGGCUUGGCACACGCCAGCGACCACUCGAGCUGUUCGCUGCCCAGCUCGGCGUCCUCGGCACCACGGCAACGCCCACAGACUCGACCUUGGCAUUCCUCUACCCGGGUCUCCUCCAGCAAGACAACAAGCCCCGCCGCCGUCGCGUGACACAGCGAUCAGCCGCUGAACCCGUAGCGUCGUCGUCGUCGAGCGUGCUGCCCACGACCAGGGCGGCGAGCUCGGAACCGUAUAUCACGCUGCCGGACAUCUACGCGCCCGGGGCUGAUGGCCUCUGGCGCAAGACUAGCGGCGUUGCCGAGACGUGUACGAUGCAGCCCUCCUCUGUCUCUUCCUCCUCCACGACCCAAGCACUAGACGGCACAACAUCAGCCGCAUCCCUCGAGGAAUUCGACACCUCCACCCUCCCCGACGGCUGGAAGCUGCAAGAGCCCCUGGCGCGCUCCAGCUUGAUAGUCAUCAUCUGUCUCUCCGUCGCCGUAGCCUGCGCUUUCGUAGUCCUCGUCCUCAGCCUCGUAUCGUGGAGAAAACGGGUGCAUCAGGACCGCGACGUUGAACGACGGCGACGAAAAGCGAAAGAUAUCCCACCAGACGAUUCUCUGGUCGUCGCAGCGGCGACGCAGCGGAAAUGGUUGCGCGCAGGCAUGCGCUGGAAGGAGAACGUCCGCCUCUCUGCACGCCGACGACGCUCAGCACGGGCUGUUAGCUCGAACGACAGCGUCGGCAGCCUCCGGCUCAGCGACAUGUCUCGUUCCCGGCUGUCGUCAAGCACCGUCAACCUGACAUCAUCCGCGCCCUCCUCCCGCCCCUCCUCGCCCUCUCACCACCCACAAUCCUCCUCGUCUUCAAUAUCAUCACACCCGUCGACGACAAUACCGAACGCUUCCGAAACACUCCAAGAUCCGUCAUCUCCCUCAAACGCCCCAUCGCCAUCACCGACUCCGCGCCCACCAUCACCGACGACCCCAGCACCGCCUCAUCCACCACUGUCCCCUCCUCCAGCACAUCCGCCCGCCUACCACCCCGACGAGCGAGCGCCGCACUACGCCCGCGAUGACGGAGCUCCCGAGCCCGGCCCUUCAAAACCCCGCGUGCCGACGACCCCUCGCGCACAUGAUCCGUAUCCAGAAGAACGCGUUUGGACGCCAGAAGACGAGGACGAUUUCGAGCUCUCCGGAGGUCCGCCCGAGGUCCAGACGGGGCAUGUCGCCACGGACGAUAAAGCGCUGCUCGCCGCGCGAGCCGCUCGAGCGUCCGCUCCCGCGCCUAUGCACACGCGCGCUUCGAUUUCGGCGCGGGCCGCUGCGCCGGAGUUGGACGAUGAGAUGGAGAUGGCCGAGUUUGCGAGUAGGAGGAGAAGUCUGGGGAUUGGCGGUGUGGAUGAGGAGAUCGGAGAGGACGUGGAGGCGAGCCCGAGUUAUGUGCGCCAUGAGCCGGCGGUGGCGUUCCCCGAGCCGCCGAGGAGAAUGACGGAGAGGGCGAGCGAGAAGAUGAGGGGGGAGUAUGCGUAUGCGUAUGGGAGGGGAGAAGGGGAGGGGUGGGCGGCGAGUGCGCCGCCGGAUACGGAGAUGGUUGCGAGUGCGCCGCCGCCUGAGCUCGAGCUUGGGCCCAGCGCGCUUGAGCUCGUGCCGAGUGCGCCUCCGGAACCGAGCGCACCACCUGGGGACGACGAGUUUGAGCAUCUGCCGGCACCCAGUGCGCCGCCAGCGCUCGACGACGAGCCCGCUCAUGUACCGCUACCGCCCUCACCCACGGACCCUCGUUCUCCCUAG